GAUUGCAGUAUAACCCCGAUGAACAGGUGGGCCGGUGGUGGCUUUCUCCCCGGCGGGCUGCGCGUAGAUCCCGUGGCGCCGCGGCGGCCGCUCAGCCAAGCCGACACGAUGGCCGAGCGAGGAUGGCGCUCGUUCUCCGCAACGGAUUUUCAUCGCGAGGCCGUCACCAGCCGAGACGAGAUGCUGGAGAUGUGCUUCCGAAACGGCCUCAUCCCCAGGGAGAGGGCCUGCCUCAGGUGCGGACAGCCGGCACGCCUGGACCCUAGGAAAAGGAGGUUUAGGUGUGACAAGUCUGUGUCGAUCAGGAAGCAGAAGAAGCAGAGGUGUGGCUGGUCCGCUUCGGUAUUCUCGGGCCUACGACGACCUGCUGCUGGACGCACCCUGCCUCCAUCACCUUCUCCAGCAUCACCCGAGCACCCUCACAGCCCUCAGCAGCAUCAAGCAAUCAGCCUGUCCGGUUCCAGCAAGUGGGUGGUCGCCGCCGCGGACGUGGAGACGGUGCUGUGCGAGGACGACACGGCCAUCCUCAGCCUCCCCUUCGAGGCCCACCACCACGACGAGGACGAGGACACCACCUCCAACCCCGCCCCUCCGUCCUCGACCGCCUCCGACGACGGCCCUCUCACUCCGGGCCUCAGGAUCAAGGAGGAGGUGGUCGAGUGGGUGGAGGAGGAGGUCGUCGAGACGCCCGACCUCAAGCUGGAGGUGGAGGAGGAAGGGGAGGAAGAGGAGGGGGAGGAUCAGGAAGUGGACAAGGAGAAGAAGAAGAAAGAAAGCGAAGGAAACAAGAGGACGAGAAGGGGCGAGUCAACGGCCACCAACACGAAGACCCGGUGACGGUGUUUUUGCCUUUGCCCAGCAGAAAGCGGCGCGCCCACCACACGCCCGUCCACUCCCCGGGGACGCCGCCCUCCUCCUCCUCCUCCUCCCCCUCGCCUCCACCACCCGACUCUCCAUCGCCAGCGACUCCUCCCUUCCCCACCCCCAACCCCGUCAG